AUUCGUCAGUCCCAAGUAGGCUGUCGACGACCUUGAGCUGACUCCACGACGAGCGGGCACAGAAUGGCACGGAGACCGUCAUUCCAACCUCUGCUCCAUGAUCCCCUCGCCGCCCCCACAAUCGACACCUCUCCAGAGCGUCUUGGCAUGGGAGAAACACACGAGCCAGAACACACCGACGACACCCAGAGUCGCGUCAAGCGGUUAUCGUCUGCCGUUGUCGACAAGCUUAGCAGAAGCGUCAACGCCAAGAGCCCAUCCCCCUCCCCAACACCUACACAAAGCCAUAGACGGGUCUUUAGUCUCACCAGGAAGGGCAAGAACCCACCUGCGGAACAUAGUAGUCAAUCUGCCUCUGCAACAAGCAGUGCAACAGCCGGUCCUUCCUCGAAUCUCACUGCCUCGACGCCGGUGGGCAUGCCAUCAGUUACAGAUGAUUCGCCUUUCAUCACCCCGCCCUCACCCCCGCUUCGUCCCAGUUCGACUCCCUUUCGUGGAGAUGGAUCUAUGCGAGCCGGAACACAGACUCUCAUCCAGGCUCUACAGGCAUUACCCUGGAUGAUGAACGAGGUCGACGAAGACUCGGCUGUGAACGACGUUUCUCAAUCAGAGCCUGAGAGCAGUGACGAUGAUCGACCAGGUUUCAAACGGUUAUCCUCUUCAAUCCAUGCAAUAUAUAGACCCUUGGCUCGCUCACGCCGGAUGAGUAUCCCCAUUCCCAGAAGACGGAAAGAUCGCAACACGUCCCAACCGUUGGAAGAGGAGACUUCUUCCGCCCUAUCUUCAGAGUCUGAGGACGAUGCAGAGGCCGACUUUGAAGAACAACCUCCACAACCUCCCCAUUCUCGACCCACUCCCCUACAACACCAAUCGCUGCCUCCAUUGACAAUCACCGAUAAAUCUGUAGCCCAGUUCCGGCCCCUUUAUGAUCGAACAGCGGAGAAGCUGAGGGAGAUAUUCGAAUUGGAGGGCAUCCAGGAGAAAUGCCAUGCUGGCUAUUACGAUCUGUCCGGAUACAUGUACCUGACCAACGAUUACCUCUGCUUCUUUGCCCACAUGCCCGUGAGAGAGGACCAAGUUCUAAAGUCAGGCUCCUUGAGUAAGAAAGCUCAGCGAACCAAGCGCUGGAUCAAGCACUGGUUCAUACUCAAGAAUGACGCACUUUCUUGGUAUCAAUCCUCCUCGGACCCCUAUUUCCCACAUGGCAUUCUUGAUCUCCGCUAUGCCAUUUCGUGUGAAGCCAUUGGCGAACGCGAAUUUAGAAUUCGAACCACCCAGAAGUCUGUCACUUUGUCUGCAGACUCUGUUCCCAGCCGAGACGAAUGGGUAAAGUCCGUAAAGAAGGUCAUAUUCAAAGCACAGAAUAGUGGAGAUAACGUCAAGAUUGCGAUCCCGUAUUCGGUUGUCCUCGACGUUGAACUGUCAACAGCAAUGGAUUUUAGUGAGACAAUCGAAGUUAAAGUCGUCGAUAAGGAUGAUCAGUAUUCGCUGGAUUCGUACUUCUUUGCCUAUUUCCAUGAUAUGCCUGCGGCCCUGGAGCAAAUACGGGAUGCGAUCCGCACUCAUCGAGCCAUUCCUGAACACUCGCAGGAGAAAACAGUUUUGGACACAACUGUGACGCGUUCUCCUCCUCCAUCUGCUCUGGAAAGGCCUUCGACGAUUGCAUCUGACAGCGUCGUCCCAAAAUCUACGUCCGGAUUCAGAUUGUCUUCGAUCCUUAAACCAUUCUCGGACACCAUCUCUCUGACAAGAGCAUCCACCGCAUCGGAAUCGGAAUCGCAAUGCAGUAACGAAGAGUUCACAUAUAUCUCCCAGCGCGGACCAUCGUCCUUCGUUCCAGUGACGACCUCGCCCAAGUCCAUUACACCCCAGGAACAACUUGCAAGUCAGCCGGGGCCAUCCUCGCAAUCGUUGCCAAACCCAGAUCACACGUACCCGCCAUCCACUUUCAGUUCGUCUAUACAUCCUGACAUGUCUUCCCUAACCAGAGAAUCCACCAGCCUGUGGAACGUUGGUGUCCCUUCAUGGCUGAAGCCUACUCGCCGGGUUUUCGGGUCCUUUGCAUCAUCUGAAUCGACCCCAACGUCGUAUGGUUCAAUGGCGGUCAAGGAGGUGUAUUCCUCCCCUGCCCCUUCGGCGCAAGGCAGCUCUCUGAGUCGAAUGACUGGUGGAGAUCUGGCGUACAGCGUCCUCGAAGCACCGGCCGCAUCGAUCGACCAGGACGUGGUCGAUAAGUUCAGAACGGCGUUUGCGUAUGAUGAGAAAGAAACGCUGCUCGGAUAUUUCCCUGGCUAUAUCUUCCGACUGUUGCCUGUCUUUGGAAGGCUAUAUGUCUCCACGAACUUUUUCUGCUUCAAGUCGAGCGGGCCACUGGCCGUUCGGACACGAAUGACCUUGCCUAUCCGCGACAUCGUCGCCACCGAGAAGACCAAAGCGACACGGUUUGGUCAUCAUGGCUUGAUCAUUAUCGUCAAAGGACACGAAGAGCUAUUCUUCGAAUUUGGUGCAGCUGACAAGCGUGACGCCUUUGUCCGCCUCUUGGAGAAGCAGAUGGACGACGUGAGGGCAAGGCUUGCGGUUGGUGAAACGUUGGAACCCUCUUCCGAGAAGCGAGAAGCCCUCGCGUUGGAAGCAUUCGAUUCGAAGACUUCGGCAAGCAGUGACUCGGAUCCCGCACCUCCACCAGACAACAUGUCUGAUUCACUUCCGGCUGUGAUGUUCACUUCUGCAUCUUCGACCUUUUUAACGUUCAAACCACCCAAACCCUUACACUUCACGUUCCUUACUAUCGGGUCUCGGGGAGACGUUCAACCUUAUAUCGCACUUGCCAAAGGUCUCAUUGCGGAUGGGCACAAGGUUAGGAUUGCCACUCAUGGUGAAUUCCAAGAGUGGAUAGAGAGUUAUGGGAUUGAAUACGGCUGCGUUGGAGGUGAUCCUGCCGAGCUGAUGCGGAUAUGCGUGGAGAACGGCAUGUUCACCGUCUCCUUCUUGAAGGAGACUCUCCAGAAGUUCCGAGGAUGGUUGGAUGACCUACUACAGACCUCUUGGGAGGCAUGUCAGGGCACGGACAUCUUAAUCGAAAGUCCAAGUGCCAUGGGUGGUUACCACAUCGCAGAAGCGCUAGGGAUUCCAUAUUUUAGAGCAUUCACCAUGACAUGGUCUCGGACAAGGGCCUAUCCUCAUGCGUUUGCAGUGCCCGAACGAAAGAUGGGAGGAAGCUACAACUACAUGUCGUAUGUCAUGUUCGAUCAAGUGUUCUGGAGGGCCACAGCGGGACAGAUCAACCGUUGGCGAAGACACACUUUGGGACUUGGCGCCACCAGCUUGGAUAGGAUGGAGCCUCACAAGAUUCCUUUCUUGUACAACUUCAGUCCCACCGUCGUGCCACCCCCGCUGGAUUGGCCAGAAUGGAUUCGGAUCACAGGAUAUUGGUUCCUUGAUGAUGCCGAUGUUGGAUCCAAGAAAUGGACCCCACCAGAUAGCCUGGUAGAAUUCAUCGACAAUGCGCACCAGUCUGGGAAGAAAGUAGUCUACAUCGGCUUUGGCAGUAUCGUGGUUUCCGACCCGAGGAGCAUGACAAAGUGUGUCAUCGAUGCAGUUGUCCAGAGUGGUGUACAUGCCAUCCUUUCGAAAGGAUGGUCGGACAGACUGCACGUUAAACUUGCUGACGCUUCAGAGCCCGAAGAGCCCCUCCCCCCUCAGAUCUAUCCAAUCACCUCAGCUCCUCACGACUGGUUGUUCGCUCGAAUUGACGCUGCCUGCCAUCAUGGCGGAGCUGGUACAACUGGUGCUAGUUUGAGAGCUGGAGUCCCAACCAUCAUCCAUCCCUUCUUUGGCGACCAAUUCUUCUGGGCCGAUAGAGUAGAGGCUCUCGGAGUUGGCACCGGUGUGCGAAAGCUCACCGUUAGUGCUCUGAAGGAUGCGUUGGUUUCCGCAACGACCGAUCAGAAGCAGAUCGACCGGGCGAAGCUUGUUGGAGAACAGAUUAGAAGGGUGCAUUUCUUGCUCGACCCCGGUCCCUUCAGCUCACUGACUCUUGAACAUAGGAGAACGGCGUGGCUGUUGCCAUAG